AUGGAGGAGCGGGAGCGCCCUUGGGAGACCGUUUGCCUCAGAAAACUCUCCCAUCGCAAGCCACCCUUCACCAUUUUCGUGGCUAAUCUGACUUUUGACACCUCUGAAGAAGACCUCCUCCAGAUAUUCAGAAAAUAUGGGAAGCUUGUAGGAGUCUACGUCCCUAGGGAUCUGAUCCGUCGAAGAUCUCGAGGAUUUGCAUUCAUAGCCUUCUGUUAUAAGCAGGAGGCUCUCAAUGCCGCGCAAUGCCUCAAUGGAAGGAGAAUCAAUGGGCACAUCGUCUCCUUAGCUUGGGCAUGA